UAAAUAUUCCACUAUCAAUACAGAUUGAACACAUUGUUUUGCAUUCGAUGAAAUAUUCUGACAGCUAUUAAGCUAGAAAGGUUCAAAAGGUGAGGCAAACAAGGUAUCGUGAACAUGGGUAAAAUUAAGCGCGAGCGGCAAAAGUUCCACAUCAGUGCCGAUAACAAAGGCACUGCAAAAGCAGAAAAGAAAGAAACGUCGAAAUCGAAACAUUUGCCGCUUAAAUUGGAUGCAGUCGAAAAUAUUUUUGCUGGCAUAACCAUCAAGUUGGAUAGCAUUAAUAAGUUUGAAGAAAAACCAGAACCGACAACUGAGUUGGUAAAUUCAAAAGAAGAAGAAGCGGGAACCGUUGAACAAAACGAUACAGAGGUAGCUGCGAAGCAAUUAUUACAAAUUGAAAAGACAAAAACAGUACCCGAAAAGCAUUUGACGAAAAAAGAAAAAAUGGCAUUGAAACAUCAAAAGCUGAUGGAAAAAUUGGAUGUAACUCAAAAGGCAAGGAUGCAAAGUCAAAAGAACAAAAAACAAAAACGUAAUGCAAAUCCAGACACAUUACUAGCAUCGCAAUCUGAGGUCCGUUCCCUAUUGACACCAGCAGCCGUCAAACCACAUACUGAAAAGAUUCCGAAAAAUAUAUUUUCAGUGCCAUCGUUGAAAGAUGACCUGCCGGGAUUGAAUUCAAUUUUUGAACUGAAGAAAAAUCAUAAUAGUAAUAAAACUAGCGGAUUGACAUCGAAAUCCAAAGCGAUUUCAAAGACUUCAAACAAAAGUUUUGUCAAAAACUACAACUUUUUGAAGAAAGCAAUGGCCAAGAAAAAAAUAAAGAAAUAAAAUAUAUUUGUACUGUU